UCAAGAACGGUAACUCUGUUUGUUUACAUCAAGGUCGGAAGCUAAAGUGCGAGGAUGCGAUGAUAAAAAUAACUUAGCCCGAAUUAAUAUAUAUAUAUAUUUUUGAUAUAAUUUUUCUGGAUUUUCACUGAAGUACAUUUUUCGGUUUGAAAACAUUUAUGAUCAUUAGAAAAACAAUAUAUAUAAUAAUCAUGAAAAUUUACCUGCCAGUGAUUUCUGUAAUUGUUUUUCUCCCGGAUUUGAGAUCUUGUGCAACACGUACAUUGACUUUUGAGGAUGAUAGAUGUUUUGGGCCGUUUAAUCCUACAGUAAGAGAGAGUUUUAAGGUCAUUCAUACUGGCGAGGAAAGUAGCACCAUUUGCCGUGACAUGUCAUUUAGUGGUUGGGACAAUGUGGAUAAAGUGAGCAGAGAGUCGUGUGUCAGAGUAGAAAAAUUCAAUCUUAAAUGUUCUCAAAAAUUUGUAUACAGGGCAGGCAGCAACAGAGGAACCCCAGCUAGAACUUAUGAUUGUUGGGAUUCGCCAGACAAAAUACCAGUAUUCUGUACAUAUGAGUUACUAUACAUUCGGAUAGAAGCGGAUGAAACCCAGAAAAACACAGAAGUUGUAUACACUGUAUAUAGCGGGAGUGAAAAACCGGCCGACGUCUCUGAAUUUUCGGCGACUUAUAUGAUAGCCCCUGUCCUUAUUAUAGGCCUGAUAGCUUUCAUUACGACUUUAGUAUGCUGUAUACGUAUGAGACAAGCACGUGAGCUGCAAAAUCGAAGAGGGGCAGCGGCUAUUUUCAACGGAAAUCAACAACCCGGAGUAACCUUAUACCAACCAGUUUUUCAGCCAUGGGGUCAGGGUCAAGGUCAACAAGGAUACAGUCAGCCUCCUCAGACAUCCCCUCCGGUUCAGAGCUACCCGCAACCAAGCGCACCUGUUAUCGCAGGAACUUAUGGAUAUCCAUCAGGGCAACAAUUUCUUCCUCCUGGUGCACCCAAUUCAUCUGGCAUGAACGAGCCUCCAUCUUAUGAUGAUGUCACAACUAAAAAGCAUUAGGAAUCACAAGAUUAAACCCUGUCAUCUGACUGGUUGCCUAAAGUCUACCUAAAGGUGACAGAAUGGAAUAGUUCUGUCAUAUAUUGACCUUUCUAGACCCUCCAGGCACCAUUCAGUUGACUCCAUUGUAAAGAUUCAUCCUAUGAAUGCUCUAAUCAGUAUAUAAUAAUCUAAACGGUAAAUAAUAAUUCAAUUUUGGUUAAAACGCAUCAUUUGAUUGAUUCUUUGGUCGAUAAAAUAACCUUUUCAUCAAAACAAUUUAUCAUUAAGUCAAAUGCUGAUUGACCUUUCAUACUGAUUAUUAGGAUAGGCUAUUAUUUACACCGAGUUGUACAUGGAUUUUUCCCGUUAUUUUCCGAUCACGAAAAGGAGUAAACGGCGGGAAUAUACAUGUCCGGUCGACUGGGGAUGCUCACUCCUCCAUGGCACCUGAUCCGUCCUCUGAUGAUUUUGAGUUCCAUGUUUGCAAUUCUCCGUUUUAGUAAUGUUUAAUGGAAUUUGAUCAUGAGCUCGAAUACUGUUCAGGACUCGUGGGUAAAGAGAGUGCAAUUGGUAAUCAAAGUUUUAGAUAAACUUAUUUAAAAAAAGAAUAAUCUGAUGAAGAACAAGCAUGGUUAAUAUUGUUACUCAGGUCGGAGCUUUAGCCCAUAGGACUCUUUUAUAUGAUGAUGAAAUUUUUCUAGACUCUAUUUAGUAUUUUGUCUAGACUCAGUAUACAUAUCAUUGAUAAUUAUAAAUGACAACAGUCUAUUUAAAAUAAUAUUUAUGCAUGUUUUGUUUUUGAUUUACAUUUAAGCAUAUUUAAUAAACUUACUACAUGUAUACUAUACAUAUAUAAAGCAU